CGGCUAACGCAUAGGGAUUUGCGUUUAUUUGGUGAGCGGGGGCUUGUGAACCCUGACCAGCCUCCGACCUAGUCACGAUGGCGCUUGUCAAAAUGUCACUGUGUUGUGUCGUCCCUCUCGGUUUCCUGUCUGGAAGAGGCUCUCGCCCAACUCCCCUUGGACUCAAGAACAUACUGGCGGGACAUUGUAGCAUGUGCUUGUCGUUGGUUCUUUGAAAGUCUGUGAUCGGCCCGACACCAUGUUUACACCCGUGGAAACCACCAUCGGAGCGUUCCUGCUCCACCAGGCUACGAGCAUCCUCCUCCAUAACAAUGGAACCAUUCUGGGAGCAUCCGAGUACAUGCGACGGGUGGUUUCGAAGCCUACGUUCGGAGUCGCAGCAUUCUUCGCUGGCAUGAUAGCAAGCUUCCCGUUGUUACGACUCACGCUCCCUGAACUUCUCACGAGAUACCCUCCGUCGCCGUCGACGUCGGGAUCAGCUGUGAUGACUGUUGCGAUGGGUCUUUUGGUAGGAUGGGGAACAAAAGCGGCCCACGGAUGCACUUCUGGACACAUGCUAUGCGGACUCUCGCGACUGAGUGGUCGCUCUGCUCUCGCUGUAGCAAUCUUCUUCCCGGUGGCUCUUACCACGCAUCACCUCGUACAUCCGUCUCUCAUGACUUCUGUCUGCACGAGCGAUGUCCCUUGCUACACCGCAACAUAUCCAACACAGGCCGCUACGACUUCACUGAUCGCGCUCGCUGCCGUGACUAUCGCAUCGGGUCGACUGAUUCCUCGAAUUGUCGCGAGACUGACCAAAAAUACGAAGAAUGCGGGGGACAAAAGCGACGAUACCUCCCUAGCGCGCCACGCAACCGAACUCUUCGCGGGCCUAGAAUUCGGCCUUGGACUACACAUCUCGCAAAUGUCGAAUCCUGCCAAAGUGGCUGCUUUCCUGUCUUUCCCCCGGCUCGAAGUCUGGGACCCCUCGAUGAUGCUUGUGAUCGCUUUUGGCAUCCUCCCGAGUCUGCUCGAGAACCUAUCAAAGGGCUUCAGCAAAUCGCCACGGUUCACCACGAAAUAUGAGCUUGGGAAUAAGACGUUUGCGGAUACCGACUGGAAGAUGGUUCUAGGGGCAGCAGCGUUUGGUGUUGGCUGGGGCAUGUCGGGGACUUGCCCUGGGCCUGCGGUUUUGAGGAGUAUUGCGCAGCCGGCUUGGGGUUUGCUGUGGAUGGGAGGGUUCUGGCUUGGUGGUAUGUUUCUAUCAGAAGAACCAGAAGGGGGCAUGUGUGGUUAG